AUAUGUAUACUCGAUGACAUUCAACACAAACUCAGUGGCGAACCACAUCUGGAUCAAAGUCUCCCGUUUUCCUCCAAACAACACAUGAAUAUCGUUGCAAAUGUCGAUGCAGAUCUGGGUCUCGACUCUUAUCUGAAUAUAAAGUCGACUCAAAACAUAACAAAUGCGAAACCAUUGGACAACAAGCAAAAGAAGUCACAACCCCUUCGAAUUAUAUCGUUUGUAUUGCAGUCGAUGCAGAUCUGGUCGACUCAAAACAUAACAAAUGCGAAACCAUUGGACAACAAGCAAAAGAAGUCACAACCCCUUCGCUACAGAUCUCAAUCCGUUGACUACGAGUCCGUCGGCGGCAUAUUCGACAUCGACGUCGAUGUGGACGAAGGAAACGCUUUCGACUCCAUCUCCUAUUCGGACGAAGAAGACGACGAUUCGAUCGCUUUUCGGAAUACCAAUAAUGACUACAAUUAUAACAACGGGAGGGCUGUUCCCAACGCACAAAUUAACGCACAAACCCAUGGACUUAUGGCCUAUUCGUUACCCAUUCAGGUACAGGUGCCAAAGUGGAAGACUUUCUACAAUCACAAGCACGACAUCGAUGAGGAAGACGUGCCAAUGAUUAGAAACGAUGAAACAAUUGCCGAAAGCAUUAAGAAGUUGGCGAAGAGUGUACGAAACGAAUCGGACAUAUUUGGCGAUCGGCCGCGUCGUCGUCUCAAUACGGGAGACCUGAUUAAGUCGCGUCCCAUUUGAUUGUCAGACUUCCCGUCAAUCUAUCCAUAGAUUGAUUGCAAGGCUUUUAUUACUCUUAUGUUAUGUUGUAAUUCAAUGACAAUAUAUUUCCCUCUCUUUCCGAAACUCGAU